CGAGUGAUAUACGACCGAGCUCGCCGUGCUCGCCAGAGAAAUGUGACUCGACACCAGAUGAGAGCGUGAAAAGACCGCGAAAGCGUCAUGGCAAAUGUUAAAGUUGCCAUUCGAGUCCGUCCUCUCACCGCAAGGGAGAGUGUGGAUGGAGGAAGGCUGGCUGUUCAGGUGGAGGAUAAGUUCGUGAGGAUCCGAAAUGUGAAGUUGGAUGGACGUUCAGAAGGAGCCGUGGAUUCCAGGGAGAAGCUUCUGGAGUUUUGUUUUGAUUACUGUUACUGGUCGGCGGACCCUGCAGACCCGCACCACGCUUCACAGGAGGAGGUAUUCCAGGACCUGGGUGUGUCGGUGCUGUCUGGAGCUUCUGAAGGAUACAAUGUGUGUUUGUUUGCCUACGGCCAGACAGGAUCCGGAAAGACUUACACCAUGAUGGGGACACCGGACUCCAUUGGCUUGACACCUCGUAUUUGUCAGGGUCUCUUUAGAAAUGACGACACCUUUCCUGAUGGGCAGAACUCAAGCAGAGUGGAAAUAAGCUUCUUGGAGAUCUAUAAUGAGCGCGUUAGAGACCUGCUGAGAGGGGUAGAGCAGAAGAAGAGAGCUUCACUGAGAGUCCGAGAGCAUCCAGAGAAAGGACCUUAUGUACAAGAUCUGUCGCAGCACGUGGUCUCGGACUGCAAACAGGCCAUGGACCUCCUGGAAGAAGGCAUCGCAAAUCGCAUGACCGCUGCAACACACAACCACGACGCCAGCAGCAGAUCCCACGCUAUCUUUACCAUUCAGUACACCCAGGCAACCCUGGAAAAUAAUCUCCCUUCAGAAACUGUCAGCAAGAUUAACUUGGUGGAUUUGGCUGGGAGUGAGCGCGCCGAUCCGAACUACUGCAGGGACAGACUGACCGAAGGUUCCAACAUCAACAAAUCACUGGUUACUUUGGGCAUCGUCAUAUCUGCUCUCGCUCAGAACUCCCAGAUGUCGAGCAGCUGCCAGAGUAUCAACAGCGUGGCCUCUGAAGGCGACAGCAGCACGGUGGGAAGCCACAGCAGCUCCCUGUCGGGCGGAGGCGGAGGCGGGAGGAGGCACUGCUUCAUUCCGUACCGAGACUCAGUCCUAACCUGGCUUUUGAAAGACAGCCUCGGUGGGAACUCAAAAACCAUCAUGAUUGCAACGGUUUCACCAUCCGCUACUUGUUACAAUGAGACCCUGAGCACCCUGCGCUAUGCUGCCCACGCCAGAAACAUUGUCAACAAGCCUCGUGUUAAUGAGGAUGCACAUGUUCGACUCAUCAGGGAGCUGAGAGAGGAGAUUAACAGACUGAAGAGCAUGCUGCUCAGCUUUGAAAUGCAGCGUAAUCCCAGUCCAUCGCUGAGUGAUGACAGGGAUGGAAAUCUCUCUGAAAUGGUGCUACAAAACGAACUAAAGGUGGAGCAGCUGACAAAGGACUGGUCGGAGAGCUGGAGGGACAAGAAGGAGCUCCUGGAGGAGUACAGUGUGGACAUCAACAGAGACCGGGCUGGUUUUCUCAUCAACUCACUCGAGCCACACCUGGUUGCCCUCGAUGGAGACGUUCUCAGCACUGGAGUCGUCUUCUAUCACCUGAGGGAAGGAGUCACCUGUAUUGGACCUCAGAGCCAAUCUGAAGAACCUCACAUAGUCCUGCAGGGAAACGCCAGCUGUGAGAUUGAAAACCACAGGGGUGUGGUAAUGUUCAGACCGUCACCGGGCUGCGUCUGUCUGCUCAACGGCAGAGAGGUCACUGAGCCCUGCAGGCUGGCUCAAGGGACAGUAAUUACUUUGGGAGGAGUGCAUAAGUUCCGCUUCAACCACCCUGCAGAGGCAGCUGUCCUUCGGGAACGGAGACGGGCCAGUGAAGGUGGCAUGACUUGCACAUACAUUGACCUCUGUGCUUCGGCCCCUCAUGACAGCGUUAAGGAAGAAGAGCUGCCGGGGCAGCUCAGCGCCUGUGUCUCCCCUGCCGAGGAGCCCACUGCCAGGCUGCGGGUGGAGGAACAGAAGCGCUACGUAGAGAUUUUGCGACGGGAGAUUCAAGCUGAACAGAGGCGGGCGGAAAAAGAGCUGGAAAGAGAGCAGGCCCACCUCCGACAGCAGCACACCGAGGUCCAGCAGUGGAUUUUGCAGGAGAAAAGUCGUCUGACAGCUGGAGAGCAACCAAUCACCCAAGAGUCUGGGGUUCAAGCAGACCUCAUCCCAACGUCCUUUCUGGAGAGAAUAUCUAGUCAGGUGUCAGGGGAUCAGGAGGAUACUAUAUUGGACUUUACAUCCCAGGUGGUUAGGGCCAAGAAGAAGGCAGUGCAGGAAGAGUUACUCAAGCAUCACGCCCUCUGCCGUGCAGAGAGCCGCAUCCGUCGGAAGAGGCUGCAGUUUCAGCUGCAGAGAAUCGCCUGCAAGCGGCAGCUGCUGGAAGCGAAGAGGGAAUUACAGCAGCUGGAAAAAGCAUUGCCUCCUGGACCAGACAGCCCAGACUCUCCUGAGCUUGAAUCACCAUCAAAGUCAAGAGGAGGACUGCAUGAUUCUCGUCGACACUCGUUUUCAGCAGAUCUUUUAUCGCGGCUCUACCCACAGCACACGCCUGUCUUCAGACACUUCUUAAAGAGAAACAGAUCUGCUGAAGCCACUUUAAGUUCAUCAUCACCUUAUUCCAUUGGCAGCAGGAAGUGGGUCUCAGAUGAGUGUCUUCCUCGUGAAAGAACCCAAAGUUGUUCCAACUCUUUGGCGUCGGGACAAAGUCAGUCCUGUCACAAUCCAGUAAACUCAUCUGAAAGCGUCACACAAAGAGCCAAAGAAGAACCACGUGCCCGUCCGUGCAGGGAACGACCAGAAAGAAAACCUCUUCUGCCAAACCGAAGCCUGUCUUUUAGGAACAGGUUGCAUCAGAACUCAACAAAUACACUGAAGUCCACACUGGAAACUUUCUCGCCACCAGUCAGCAAAGAAAACGUAGAAGGACCCACAGCAGAACAACAAGAUGUUAAGAUUGCUCCUUUUAAGAAUGUAAAAACCUCCUGCCAUGCAGAUAAGAGUGGACUGGAAGCCAUAAGCAAAUCUUUCACUCGUUCUUUUGGACCCAGGAUAAAAUCAGCACUGUCCAAAGUGUUCAAAAAACCGCCCCCAGGUGUUAAUGCGGGACGAGUCCCCAAGCCUCUGGGAAGAAUAGCAAGCAAAUUUUACUGCAGGCAAAGACGAGAGAAGAACCUUAAAGCUAACAAAAUGAAUCACAGAAGAUGUGCCAUUAAACCCUCCGUCUCAUGUCAGGAGCUCGACCAAAGGGGUCCGCAUGAAGACAUCAGACAAAGGCGAUGGCAUAGCACCGAAGCUCUGUGGAACAAAACCAGCAGAUGGGUAGAAAUGCAGCAGGGACUGGAUGGGUGGGAAGAAGAGCUGGAAAACAAGGAUGAAGGAGCGUCAGACUGCGAGAGCCUUUUAUCCCUUGACUCUCUGUCUUCUGCUUACGCAGCGGCCCUAGCAGAGAAGCUGAGACGCGAGCAGACAGUUCAAAGUGAAGCAGAGAGCGAAGACAGUCAAAUGUCUGAAGAUUCAUUGACUAUGGAGAGCAGUGAAAAAUUCUCCACAGUUCGAAGUGUUCACCAAACAGUAGCACCAACUUACUCGCUGGUGACAGAUUUGGCUCAUUCAUGCAAACAGCUCAAGACCAGUUUUGAAGGGGAAAGCUGUCAAAAAUCUCUGCCGUUGCCAUCAGAGGCGUUUUGGAGCCAGCGAAGCUCCCCAAAGACGACACAAAGUGAUUCAGCAAGAAGGCCUUCUGAGAGCUCAGUGUUAUCAGAUCCUGCUGGGAAGGAGGAUGCUGUACAGAAACUGGUUGAAGACUUUGGAAACAUGCAGACCACUUCGACCUGCAGCCCACGCUCUCUGAGCAGCUGCAGCGUGAGGGAGCCUGAAAACCAGCUGAUACUCACGGAUGCCUGGUCCUCCACUGAUGCAGCAGAUAGCCCCAGGAUUUACAGGGAGUCUCUGCCUCUCCAAAGAAAAAGGCUGUUCAGACAUGCGGAGAGCAGCAGCAGUCCCAGUCCGAUUAGUAUGACUCUCUCUGACUCACACAGCGGAUCCGGCAGCUUUAAUUCUACAACGAGCACUGAUGGUGUGAACAUGACAGUGCAGGAAUACAACCUUGAGGUUUCAAGAGAUUCUCAGGCUCCAUUAACACCAGGAGAUUCUCUAAAUCCAGGUAAUCAGAGGGAUGAAGCACCCGGUACAGAGCAGGUCCGGCAAUCAAACUCAGUGGAUAAUACUUCAGAUGAUAGCUUCAGCGAGCAUCCUGCGUCGUUGCUCACAUCAAAUCAGAUAAUUUGCUUGCCAUUCUCGCAAAGUCCCCAAGCCACUCAAACAAAAUCAAAUUCGAUUCAAGUGUUUCAAGAUGCUUUGGAAAUGGAUGCUGCUGACAUUACAAUGUCUUCUGACAGUGAAACUCCUGCUGCGUGUUGUCAAACAGUAUUGCACUUCUCUUCAAAGCCGACAAACCAAAUUCAAGUAGUGAAGGUGUUGCUCGCAGCUGCAAGUCCUCCUAAACCUUCCACUCCAGAGGAUCCAGCGUGUUACCUUGAGAAUGGAACAGAAAAGUCGGGAGAUGUACAGGAGUUAUCUGUAAGAAUGAGAUGUGAAGAUGUAACCCUGACGGAGGAUGAAGCCAAAAGCACCGACCAAUCCAUCGCUCUACAGGAGGAUGCUGUUAAAUCGACCUGUAAAAAUUCCAGGAAGAGGAACAAAGACCAGCAAGACACUUUAAUAGGGAGUCUAAAAAUUCCUAAAAGGAGCAACAGAAUGGAGAUGGUUACUUUCUGCCUUCCGCCAAAUGAAUGCCAGGAAGAUAUUUGGCCUGACAACAAUACUACAAGUGAUUCAAAAGAGGAGCAGUCGUCCUUAGAGGAUGGGUGCCCUGUUUUUGAUUCUGGUUUUGAUGGCAGCAUGAAAGUGACACAAAAUAAGCUGGCUUUGGUGACAUUGCCAAUUUCUGAUCCCACAAGUAAAACACUUGAACCAAGUUGCCAGAGCCUCCAGGACUCUCAGUAUGAACUCAAACCUGGAGACAGAAGGUCACUGUCUGGCACAUCAGUGGAGAAUAGUAAGACAGCUCAAAAGGAAGCUGCUACGGUGACAGAUGCAGCUGUGACGGCAAAAUGGGGAAAUGACGAGAUUGAUAACCACAAAAAAACUACUGAAAAUACACAACCCCUGUCCAAGUCUGACGCUAUUUGUAGUGCCAUUGAUCUGAGAAUUUCAGAAGUGGUGAAAGAUCGUUUGAAAUCGUCACUGUUGGACACUAAUUGUACCCAGAAGAGCCAAAGUCUGAAUGCCUUGUCAUCAUCUGCAUGUCAUAUUAAUAGUCGCGCCUCUAAUGCAGAUGAACACAGAUGGACAGAAAAACAGCUGGGAGAUGAAAGGGGUAAUCAAGUGAAAAAAGGAACAAAGCUCAGUGGACACCCUUCAGUGGAAAACAUGACAUGCAGAAAUACAGUGGACCAAACUGAGCACCUGGCAUCAGAUGUGCAAGAGGGACUGAGGAUUAGCCACGAGAGCUGCAUGCUUAAACACUCCGCAAGCCAAAAUACCCAUAAUGCUCUUGAUGGUACAUUAAACGCACCAGUACGCGCACCUUUUGUUUUCCAAAGCUCACCUUCAGACGAACAUGACAGCACAUCAACUUUCAGUGUGAACAUCCAUGGAGGAUGUGCGAACCCUGGGAAUCCCACAAUGCAAGACGAUAGUUCAUCCUCAGUGAAUGAUUCUUCCUCAUCAAUAACACGUGCUGUUUCUCAGCCCAUGAACCAGCUAAUAACUUCAUUGUCUCAAAAAAUAAAUAGGUUUGAUGAAGAUAUUACUUCAUGUCUUUCUCCAGCCAUCAGUAAUAUUUUCACAGAAAGUCUUGAUAGCCAGAUGUGUUCAGACUCUGCUUGGAAUGCUCACUGCGUGUCUGAGCCUCCUGAGCCUGCAGCUCAGCAUAUAAACUCGCGGCUUCACCAGAUAAGCCAUCAAGCGCUUUUUGUUCCAAAAGAAAGCUCUGGCUGUACUGUAAAAGACAAUGAGGCCCUGAAAGAUGGAUUCAGCAUUAAAGCUGAAAACGGUUAUUUAUUAAAACAAAACUCGGCAAAAACAAUUCAGCAAUAUCUCCAAAGUGGUUGUGAAACCUCUUCAGCUACGAUGCUAUCAGAUGAAGACAGACUACAUCAACUCAGAACAGAUAAACGCCACAGGAACCAGAGUACCGUCACACCAGACUUUGAUGAGGAAGCUGAACUGGACCCCACACCAGGAGGAAAACCUUUGAUCAGGGUACAGAAUCAGUUCAGCUCUCCUCAAACAACAUCCAAAAACUUGACUAACAGUGUUGUGGAAAAUAUGGAUUACAGCCACAAGUGCCAAAAUCUAUCAGAUUUACCAUGCGUAUCUGAGAAAGAUACUCAAACUGACAGCAAAGGAGAUUGUGGAAUGAAAAGUGAGACAGAGGGAAGGACCCAUCAGGUCCUCCCUCAGGGUGAUGCACUGUGGGCAGAUUGUAGAAGCAUGUCAAGUUUGGUUCAAGAAGACAGAAUGCCACAGGAAGACGGCAUCAAAAAUAAGAAUGGCUGUAAAUCAGCAAUGUCUAAAGAAGUGGCAACGUGUGGUACGCAGUGUAAUUCUGCUGUUACCUGCAAAAAAUCUAAGACGAAGAGGGUCAGAAAACCUCUCGUCAGGACUUGUCUCAUUUCUUCCUCUGAGUCUUCUUUCAAGUCAUCAGACGAGGAUGACGAGGAUAACACAACUAUCAGAAUGCGCCACAGUGGGCCAACGUCAAAAUGGGUCAAACUGGGCGCUAGGCAUAAUGGUGAACAAGAAGUGAGAACCGUUAGAAGUAAAGAUGAAGAAGAUUUUGCUUCACUCUUAGCAAGUAAGUCUCAACUGAAAGCCGAUGCUGAAAAUGUUGGGAAAAAAGAUGUGAAAUUCAGUAAAGAUUCCACUCAAGAAAGAUGCGCUUUACCCCCUCUAGGUAAAAAGAACACUGAAAAAAUGAAUCCUCACUCAAGGAAAAGUGAACCACUACAAACUCCAAAGUCUCAGGACUCCCCCAUCCAUUUUGCCUCCAGUGACAUCAACCCUUUUUUUCACCAGCGGCAAGGUGAUGAGUCGAACCAGCACUGCUUUAAGAACCCAGCCUUCGGAAGCGCUGCGGACCUGUCCUGUAAAUCCCCACUGUUAGACAGCUCUGAAAAACACUUGGCGAGGUGCUGCAGUGUCGACGACGGUUUAAACGGGGAGAAUUCUCCUUUCAACUCCCACCUCAGCACAUAUGCAACCAACAAGGGGCUUUCCAGUACGCUCAGCAGUAUGGAGGACUAUAAAGAGCAGAGCACCAAAGCAUCGCAGCACACAGCCAGUCAACAGGCAAGUGUUGACGGACACAAGCUCGGAGCUGAUCCGAUGGUGAACGGUAGUUCUUCUAGCAGUGACGUUCCUGGAGGUUGUGGCAACAACUCCAGUCAGGUUGACGAAAUCGUGUUUGUCUACUCAUCGGAGCAAGAGUCCCAUGGGAGAGAAACAAGGAUAAGAAGCAAGACUACAUGUGAGCACAGUACCCAGACCGAUUGUGGACCCUAUGCAACCAGUACCAGAAUUUGUCCUCUACGAAUGAAGGACCGGCACAAAAGGAGCAACACUGAUGUUCUUGUGUCACAGAAACCCAAAGUGGAUAUCAAGAAAUCUCCAACGUGGGCCAGUAUGGAGAGCAUGUCCGCUCACCUCACCAAGCUGAUCGACAGCACCUCGGAUCUGCUGGGCGACGUACAGGGUAUGAGGACCGGUGAAGUCCGCAAGUCCAGCCCAAGGAGGAGUAUCAGCUCAGCAAAUUAUAGCAUCUCUUGCAGCGAGUCUGACUGCUCUAAAAGAGACUGUUCAACACAAACAGCUUCAGAUGUGGGGAUCCAGACUGAAAAAGUCUUAAGAUCAGCAGAGAAUCUAACACCUAGAGAAAACUCCACUUCUAAUGAAGUCAAUGUGAUUGUCAAAGUGAUUGGUUCUGAGGUUGUCAGUGUCUCUCAGGAGAAGAAUGUGCACUGUGUGGUCAAAACGAGAGCUUCCGCCGAUGAAAAGAUCCAGAGCAUGCCUGAUCUGAGGUCCAACCCCUCAGAGAAUGACCCCGUGAAAACACCCAGUGGAAGGACCACAGCCAGCUGUCAAAGACAUGUAAGAUCUGCUCCCUCUCGAGUCUCAAAGCAAAACCCAUCCAAUGUGCUGAGCCACAGAAGUACCAAAGUGCAUGCAAACACCCGCAAGACGUCAAGCUGUUGCCAAGAAAAUAACUCUCGUAAUGCAAACUGUCAGUCAGCGUAUACAAAGAGACAGACAAUCUAUACUGAUCGCGCAUCAUCUCCAAUUCUCACUGUGGGAACAAGGCUCCAUAUGAGGCACAGAGGAAAACAAUCAACAGUUCCUCUUUCAAAUUAUAAGGCUCAUAAAACAAACCAUCUCUCUGAGGAUGACAGUCUUUCUGUUCCCUCUAUUUUAGAUGACAUUCAAAUGCUCAGACAGGAACGUGAAGCUUCCAGUCCUCAGUCAGAAUCCGUAUCACUUGAGAAGGUGAGUGACAUGAGUCGCUCAAGCCCUAAAGGAUCGAUUGAUUGCUCCUCAAGCCUUAGUUCAUCACUGAAUGGAUACACAGACACUCGUGAGGGAAAUUCAAAUUAUUCAAAGAGGGAUGGCCACCAGACGAGUUUCAAAAAGCAAGUGACCUCACAACUGUGGAGAACAACUUCGACAAGAAACGAUUUGAUGUUGCAAAGCCAAAUGUCUCCCUUAUUAAGACUGACUGGUGCACAGAUACAACAGGAGUUUAUCUUCCCAGGACCUCCAGCUGAUUCUGACAAUCUUCGCAUAGAUUCCUCCAAGCUACACUCAGACAGUGAGAAGACCGAUCCUCCUCAGGAGGAUGACCAGCUGUCAGUGUUAUCCAGUGAGUGCAACACCGAUGUGCUUGUGAGCAUUGAACCUGUCACCAGUGUGUUUCCUGCUAAAAACCACCAGACAGUCCCAGACGACCUCCCCAUGCACAACAAAUUCACCAACUGGUCCGGUGUCAAUUACCCACAGCGCUCAGUCAAACAGGCCACGAUGGUCUCACCUGAGCACAGCAGGAGCAGAGACUGUGGAGAAUGGGUCGGGAUGGAGAGCUUUGGUUUCAGUGUCGAGUGUCCGGCACAGAGCGACAGGAAAGCAAGAGAGAUCGUGAUGUUGCGACAGGAGAGAGAGCAGGUGAUGGCAACGGUGAGCCUCAACAUGAACCCGACGCCCCUGACUGUGGAGCUGACGGAGGCGAAGCUUCACUACGGGCUGGGAAAGACCGACGCGAUGUUAAGGAUGAUGUCCCCGAAGUCCAAUGACAAGUCGAACCUGCAAACGUCUGCUCCCACCAAGCAACAGCUGUAUGAUCGUCACCGGAAGAGUAUCAAGGGUUUGAGGCAGGAGCGGGAGGAACGCCUUCAGACUUAUAGAAGAGCUCGUAGCCUGAGUCCUGGUAAACACCCUCACUCCUCCUCUCAAGAUCCUGUUGCUGCCUCCAAAGUAUCAACAACUACACCAAGCAGGCAACAGGAAUACUUUCAACAACUCCGCCAAGAGGUGAUCGACAACACCAGAAUACCAGAUCCUCCGAAGGACGACCAGUACCCGUCUGACAUAGAGCAGCUGCUGCGUGACUACAGCCGAGCUCGGGAAGAAGCCAGGACAGAGAUCGCAAAGGCGCGAGAGCGACUGCGAGAGCGGACGGAGCUGGAGAAGAGGAGGCUACAGCAGCAGGCCGCCUCUCAGGAAGUCAAGGAUGACCUGAGGCAUCGAACAAGAAUCAGCAACAGCACAUUGUGCACAGGAUCCAGUCUGAGUCUUUCCUCUGGACCCACAUCGGGCUACAACAGUGGUAACACCACCCAGCUACAGCAGAGCAGCAGAUCAGUGCUGGCAGGACAGAUCACGGGCAUCCAGGGCGAGGAGCUGAAUAUCAGGACACGACCUCCUAUUUGUGGUCCUCAUAGUGUGAGAACACAGAGAGCCUGGCUGUCUGCUCAGGAUGUUCACCAGGAGCUUCCUGUCAGUCGGUUUGACCCACUGAUGACGUCUUCGCCUUCUGCUCCUACACGCCAGCGCACCGCAUCGUUUGGCUCCUCCUCUUCCAUAUCUACAACCUAUCAGGACAUCACGUCCGGUCUCCUGGGCCGAGCUCUGGCUGAAGUGAGACUGGCCUCUUCUGGGGAUUUGAGCAACCUCAUGAUGGCUAAAGCUGCAGCCGGCUGGAGGUACCAAGGAGAGGAGCGAGGAAUCCAGGCUUACUACAAGCCCUCCUCCAGCCGCUCUGUGCACAGUUUCCUGGGGGUUGGCGAGCUGUCCAGACCCCUGGAUCGCCUGUGGAGCGUCAUCUGCCAGCUGUCCAGGAGCCACAUGUAUAAUCAGUCCGUCCGUUCUGUGUGGACACGACCACUAGAUGACAGCACUCAGCUGGUUUACAUUCUGACAGAUCCGUCCACCUGUCACCUCAGCCAGCCGCGGGACUUCUGCUGCAUCAGCACCGAGUCCAAACAGGGUGGCCUGCACGUGCUGGCAAUGCAGUCUGUGUUUGAGGAGUCGCUGCCGCGUCCCAGCGUGGACGCCGUCCGCGGGGAGAUGCUGCCCAGCUGCUGGCUUCUGCAGUCGGUUCGGCGUAACGGUGCAGAAGCCACCAGAGUCGUCUUCCUGCUGCAGCUCGACCUCGGCACGCCGCCUUUUCCUCCUCGACUCCUGAACGCCGUCGCCAGAAGACAAGCGGCCGUCAUCGCCGAUCUUGACGCUUUCCUGACUCCACAGGACUCAUGAACAGACAUUAGCUUCGAGCACUUAGACUAAACUGGCUCCAAUAUGGAGUCAGGCUUCUUUUGAAUUUGCACCCAGAAUGUUAUUUACUUGACUUUUUUAACUUUAAGGGCACUGUUCUGUUUAUAUGAAGUCACAAAGUUGAAGCAGCUUUUUUUUUAUAGGAAGUUUUUGUUUAAAAUAUAUAUCUAUAUUUUUUUUAAUUGUACAUAAGCAUGAAUGCUUUUGACCAUCUUUGUUUUGUUUUUUUUUUGUUUUUUUUUAUUACCAAAGACUUAUUCGAAGCUGGCAUUACUAAUUCUUUAAACUACAUAUAGGUGGAGACCACUUACAGGGAGCAAAGCUUGCCAUCUAAUCCUUUAAUUCAAGCGAUGAACUAGCUUAAAAAUUCAGUUUCACCUGGAUAGGUAGAAGCACAUUUAGCAUCUCUUAAAGCCUGUUGUCUUAAUGGUAAUUCUACCAUUUAAUACCAUUUAAAUAUACGUUGAAGAGGUGUCCAAUUGAAAUGAUAAUUGAGGAUUACAUUCUUCUGAUGUAUUUCCCACACACGAGCAACCCCCCCCCCUCAGAAUGCAUACUACCCAUCUGUUACAGGCAGAUGAAGACAAUUCUCUUUGUGUUUAAUACACAUUUAUGCAUGUGUGCAAUGCAAAUUAUACAAAUAGCCAAAGUAAAUUUACCAAGUUGUUCCUGUCUGUUCCAUAUUUCCUGCACACUGUAUAUUUUCCUACUUGGUAGCUUCAGUUCAGCAGAAAAUAGUUUAAUUAUCCGUCCAACAAAGACAGAUUUUGUAGAUAUUUCAGCAUUCUAGAUCCGGAGGAAUGAAUUCGAUGCUCCUCAGUCUUGAAUUUUAUAUGUUUCAGCUCUAUGAGCUAUUUUAAUGCUGAACAGCAUUCUUUACAUUUAAAACAAACAAAAAAAAAAAAGAAAAAGUUGGCGUUAGGUUGGAAAGCCGUGAACGUUUUGGGUGCGACACGUCGAAGCUCGGACAGAUAAACUCUGAACCAGAAGACGCUGGUUCCUGACUCCAUGUUGAACAUGUAGCCUGCUGAAGACAUGGAAAAUGUAAAGUAGCUCCAGGGAUGAUGCUCUCGUAGUUCACGGUACCCCCCGAUUUACAUAAGCUCCUGAUAUUUUCACUCUUAUUUAUUUACUUCCUACUGCCUCCUGUUGGAAAUGCUGUUGAAUGUGUUUUACAGUGCAGACUGUUUCUUUGUUCUUCGUGGUGCUCUUCACAGCUGCUUGCACACAAAACGUUCUGUUAAUGCAUAUGUAUUAAUUUUUUUUUUGCAUGUUGAAGUAGAUUUAGUGUUGUGCAGUAUUGAAACUAUGCAGAGGCUGAUCAAAGGCAGGGCUGCUCUCAGUCGACGCCGGGUCACCUGCGUCUGGAUAUGAAGCCAUAUUAGUCACAGCUGAACCAGCCCAGGGUUCAGAAACACCAAAGAGAAGGAGAGCGGUGAAGUGAAGGCAACCUUUGCUCUGUUUUUGUGUAUAUCUAUUAAAGUGCCUAUUUUGUGUG